AUGACUAUCACAGCAACAACAUCGCUCUCUCGUACCGAGAUACUCACCCUCUCAACCAUCUCGGGCGCAUCCUGCGCUGUUCUCGCAAACACUCUCCACGGCGAUGGCGAACCUCUCAUUGCAUCGCUGGCUCUCUCGUUUCUUGGCUUCUCGCUAUGCUUCGCCAUGAUACGCUGGCUGGGCCCUACCUUUAUGCGCGCCGGCUUCCGUGGUCGCGACAUGAGCAAGCUGCAGCGCACUGAGAUUCCAGAGUGUAUGGGCGCCGUAUGUGCAGCUGUCUAUCUUCUCAGCAUCAUUGUAUUCAUCCCAUUUCCCUUCUACAAGGAUAUUGUCGCGGCUACUAGUGGUGGCGGAAAUCGUGAUGUCGUGGUUGAGCUUGAGCAGGUCAGCCAGGGGCGUUUCCUGCACAAGUUUCCUCAUAACAAGCUUGCCUCGUUUCUGAGUGCCAUCAUCUCUCUUCAGACUAUUGCCUUUUUAGGUAUUGGCGAUGAUCUUUUUGACAUUCGUUGGCGACACAAGUGGUGGAUUCCUGGUAUUGCCUCGAUCCCCCUUCUGGUCGUCUACUUUGUCGACUUCGACGUCACAUCCAUCGUUCUGCCGCUCCAGCUCCAACCUUAUCUUGGUGAGCUCUUCGACCUGGGCGCACUCUACUAUGUUUACAUGGCAUGCGUUGCCAUGUUCUGCCCACAAAGCAUCAAUAUGCUUGCUGGCAUCAACGGUAUUGAAGUUUCGCAGUGCGUCGUCGUCGCCCUCCUCCUCGCCUUCAACGAUUGCUUGUACCUCUUCACACCCUACCCGCACCCUGCGACUGAUUCUCACUUAUUCUCUCUCUACUUUCUUCUGCCGUGGAUCGGCGUCUCAUGCGCCUUGCUCUGCCACAACUGGUACCCCGCCAAGGUCUUUGUCGGUGACACGUACUGUUACUUCUCAGGCAUGGUCUUCGCUGUUGUCGGUAUCCUCGGCCAUUUCUCAAAGACGCUUGGGCUCCUUCUCGUCCCCCAAAUCUUCAACUUUCUUUACUCAUGCCCUCAGGUCUUCGGUCUUAUUCCUUGCCCGCGCCACCGACUUCCUCACUUCAACGCUCGGAGUGGCCUUCUCGAGCCCUCUGUGACCCCUUGGUCUGCUGAACGACAGCCGCACCCACUGGUUGCACGCGGGCUCCAUCUCCUCAGUCAGCUGCGACUCGUAAAGGUGACCGUUGACGAGAACGGCCAGUUCGUCGAGACGAGUAACUUCACUAUCCUGAACCUCUGGCUCGUUUGGCGUGGUCCUCUUCGUGAGGAUCGGUUAGCUCUCGAAGUGACUGCGCUCCAACUUGUUGUUGGCCUUUUUGGUCUGUUUGUGAGACACCGUUUAGCGCUACUGGUCUUUAAGGAAGACAACUGGGGAACUACUGUAUAG